AUGAAGACAAGUACCGUGCUCUGCCUCAUGGCGCUAGCUGCGUCGACGUCGGCGACGCUUCGUGGCGCCUCGUACAUGCUCAUCGAAGAGAACGAUGCGCCUGUGUUCCUCGAGCAGUUUGAAGAGAACGAUGCGCCCGUGUUCCUCGAGCAGUAUGAAGAGAACGACGCGCCCGUGUUCCUCGAGCAAUACGACGAGAUCGAAGCUUACGAAGCCACGUACAAGCAGCCGUACAAGAAGCCCGCUGCGUCAUACAGCAAGCCACCGACCAAGCCAUGCGCGAAGUCGCAGCCGGCGACCUACCAACAACCGUCGCCGUCGUACCAGAAACCGGCGAUGUACUCAAAGCCAGCGACGUACCAACAGCCGUCGCCGUCGUACCAGAAGCCCGCGACGUACACCAAGCCGGCGACCUACCAACAGCCGUCGCCGUCGUACCAGAAACCGGCGACGUACACCAAGCCGGCAACCUACCAACAGCCGUCGCCGUCGUACCAGAAACCGGCGACGUACACCAAGCCGGCAACCUACCAACAGCCGUCGCCGUCGUACCAGAAGCCGGCGACGUACACGAAGCCUGCGACGUACCAAGCGCCUUCGCCGUCGUACCAGAAGCCCGCCACGUACACGCCAGCGUCAACGUACCAAGAGCCGUUGCCGUCGUACACGAAACCGCCGUCGGCGUACCAAGAGCCAUUGUCGUAUCAAGAGCCAUCGUCGUACCAAAAACCGGCUUCCUUCAUCCUUCUCUUGGACGAACCCGAGGAUACGGAAAACCACGAAGACGAUGGAAAUGACGAAACGAGCGGCCUGGACGUUAAGGAUCGGCGGCCGACGCACUUGUUGACGCCGUCGUCGGGCGGCGCAUUCAACAGGAACUCGGGUGUGAAGACGUUCUUCUUGCGCUCCGUGCCGGAAGACGACGGUGACGACGACGUUGUCAACGACGAUGAGUUCAACGGAGGCGGCGACGACGAUCCGGACUAUAUCCUCCCGAAUCCGUGGGAAGACAUUGACAACUAA